UAGCCAUAUUCACGGGCUUUACUGGCGAACACGCCCCUUCCCCCUGCAUCUCUCAGGUUCAACGGCACUGCCUCUUUUUAACCCCUGCCGUCGUCCGCCGCGCACUCAUCGCCUUUAUUCUCGACUUUAACUCUUUACUCCAUUUAACCAGCUUGUGUGUGUGUGCGUGUGCGUGCUGUUCUUUGGGUUCAUCGGCCAGAUGGAGGACUACCAUAAACCAGAUCAGCAGACUGUGCAGGCGCUCCGGAACAUCGCCACCCGGCUCCGGAUCAACUCCAUCAAGGCGACAACUGCAGCGGGCAGCGGUCAUCCCACAUCAUGUUGCAGUGUGGCAGAGAUCAUGUCUGUGCUCUUCUUUCAUACCAUGAAGUACCGACCGGAAGACCCCCGUAACCCCAACAACGACCGCUUCAUCCUCUCCAAGGGUCAUGCGGCUCCCGUGUUGUACGCCGUGUGGGCGGAGACUGGCUACCUGAAGGAGAAUGAGCUCUUCAACCUCCGCAAGGUCGACUCCAUCCUGGAGGGACACCCUGUGCCGAAGCAGCAGUUUGUGGACGUGGCCACUGGAUCUCUGGGCCAGGGGCUGGGAGCUGCCUGUGGAAUGGCCUACACCGGAAAGUACUUUGACAAGGCCAGCUACCGGGUGUUCUGCAUGCUGGGCGAUGGAGAGCUGUCCGAGGGCUCGGUGUGGGAGGCCAUGGCUUUCGCCUCCUACUACCAGCUAGACAACCUGGUAGCCAUCUUGGACAUCAACCGCCUGGGUCAGAGCGACCCAACUCCGCUGCAGCACCACGUGGAGAAGUACCAGCGACGCUGCGAGGCCUUCGGCUGGCAAGCGGUCAUUGUGGACGGCCACAGUGUGGAGGAGCUGUGUAAGGUGCUGAGUCAGCCCCGCCACCAGCCACUGGCCAUCAUCGCCAAGACCAUCAAGGGCAAGGGCAUGCCAGUGGCUGAGGAUAAGAUGGGCUGGCACGGCAAACCCCUGCCCAAAGACAUGGCCGAGGGCGUGAUCAAGGAGCUGCAGGGCCGCAUCAUCAGCUGCAACAAGCGCCUCUAUCCUGCCCCGCCGAACGAGGACGCGUCACCCGUCAGCCUCCGCAACAUCCGCAUGCCAAGCGCACCCACCUACAAAUCUGGAGACAAGAUUGCCACCAGGAAGGCGUACGGCGUGGCCCUGGCCAAGCUGGGGCGUUACAACGAUCAUGUGGUGGCUCUGGACGCAGACACCAAGAACUCCACCUUCGCCGAGCUCUUUAAGAACGAACACCCCAACCGCUACGUGGAGUGUUACAUCGCGGAGCAGAACAUGGUGAGCGUGGCGAUAGGUUGUGCCGUGCGCGACCGCAACGUGGUGUUUGCCAGCACCUUCGCCACGUUCUUCACUCGAGCCUUCGAUCAACUCCGCAUGGCCGCCAUCUCCGAGAGCAACAUCAACCUCUGCGGCUCCCACUGCGGGGUCUCUAUCGGUGAAGACGGGCCAUCUCAGAUGGGCCUGGAGGAUCUGGCCAUGUUCAGAGCCAUUCCCACCGCAACCGUCUUCUACCCAAGUGACGGAGUCUCCACUGAGAAGGCUGUGGAGCUUGCUGCCAACACAAAGGGUUUGUGUUUCAUCCGAACAAGUCGCCCAGAGAACAACAUCGUCUACAACUGCAAUGAAGACUUCCAUGUUGGACAGGCUAAGGUUGUGUAUAAAACCAAUGAUGAUCAUGUGACUGUGGUGGGAGCAGGCGUGACCCUUCACGAGGCUCUGGCUGCCGCCGAGCUGCUGAAGAAAGAGAGAAUCAACAUCCGUGUGAUCGACCCUUUCACCAUCAAACCCCUGGACUCCAAGACCAUCAUUGACAACGCCAGGGCGACCAGAGGACGCAUCAUCACAGUGGAGGACCACUACUAUGAAGGUGGUCUCGGUGAGGCGGUGUGCUCGGCUGUGGUGAACGAAACCGGCUUCACCGUCCAGCGCCUGGCAGUGUCCCAGGUGCCGCGCAGCGGCAAGCCCAGCGAGCUGCUCCGCAUCUUCGGCAUUGACCGGGACGCCAUCGCUCAGGCGGUCCGCAAGGUGCUCAGCAGCUCCGCCAACGCCAAGUAAGAACACUGCAGCAGGGGCAGCAGCGGGAAAAACGCGGUCGAGGACUCCUUGGUGGACAAGCGGUGUGCAACCAUGGAGGCGACAAUCGAACCAACAAAUAACACCAGCACCGGAGGGGAAGCACUCGUGGCCCACUCACGCUGUCCUCCCCUAAAAACAAUCUGAAGUAUUGGUUUGAAAAAUAAAAAAUAAAAUGUUUUUCCUCUUUAACUGUCAUCGAUGUGAUCUGACAACCCCACCCUAGAUUUUUGCCCCAUCAGUUUGUGAGUUCAGUAAACACACCUCCGCCCCAUCACACACACACAAACACACACACAUCCACACCUCCACCCUCUAACCCUUCCUACCUCCCAGAGAACGACCUGGUGCUGCUGUAGUGUUUCAGUAAAAGCAGUGAACAUGGUUUGGAGUAAAAGUGAAGUCUUUUUUUUAUGAAUCAUUUCUGUGGAACCCCUGUCACUUCUGUCGCGCGGCGUUUCGAACGUCUGUGCCCUGUACGACUUUGUAAACCCCACCCCCACUAGAGCCAGCAGGCGGUGGAGAAACUCUGGUUUGGUCUGUUUGAGCACUGACUGUUUUGAACCCUUUUGACCCCGACUUGGAUGGGACUGCUUCACGCCAAUAAAGGGACGGUUUUAUUCACAA